AUGAUUCCUGCAAUCCCGCGCCUGGAGGACUACGACAUCUCGCCACAGAAUGGCUUCCUGCCUUCGGAAUUACCUCUGGAAAUACUACCCGAUGCGUAUUACCAGCCCUGGGAGACAGUCGGCCGCAGCUUCCAGAGCCUCAUCCUCGCGAAGCGCCUCCGCCAGAUAAUCGACGCGCUGCCCGUCCUCUCGACCGAAUUCCUCCUCACCGAAGCAGAAUGGCGGAGAGCAUACUCAAUUCUUGGGUUCAUGGCUCACGCCUAUGUCUGGGGCGGCGACCGGCCCGCCGAUAUCGUUCCGCCAUCCGUGUCGAUCCCGUUCCUGCAGACAUGCAAACACCUUGAAUUACCACCAGUCGCUACAUAUGCCGGUGUUUGUUUAUGGAAUUGGCGACCACUUUUCGAUGACGAACAGGUUGAUUCGCUCGAGAACCUCGCGACGCACAUGACCUUCACAGGCUCGCUGGACGAGUCAUGGUUCUAUUUGGUCUCUGUAGCUAUCGAGGCUCGCGCUGGUCCGAUUAUUCCAUUGAUGAUCCAAGCCAUUGGCGCAGCGAGGCGCAACGAAAGUAACGUGGUGGUAGAAUGCCUGCGUGCUUUCGCAGAGAGGCUGGAUGAGAUCGGUGGCCUCCUCGAGAGGAUGUACGAGAGCUGCGAUCCUCACGUUUUCUACCACCGCAUCCGUCCAUUCCUUGCAGGCGGCAAGAACAUGGCUGACGCUGGGUUGCCCAACGGAGUCAUGUUUGACGAUGGCACGGGAGAGCAGCCGUAUGUUCAGUUCGCUGGUGGCAGCAAUGCUCAAAGCUCUGUCAUCCAGUUCUUCGAUAUCAUCCUCGGUGUCGAGCACCGCCAGACCGGCGAAAAGAAAUCGGACAGCUCAGCUCCGGGGGCUCCUGCUCACGGCUUUCUCCUGGAGAUGCGGAAGUACAUGCCAGGACCUCACCGUCGCUUUCUUGAGCAAGUUGAGCGCGUAGCUAACAUCCGUGAAUAUGUCACUAGCCGCCGGCAUGAUCGCGCACUGGUGACCGCUUACGAUGCAUGUCUGGCGAUGCUGAGGACGCUCCGUGACAAGCAUAUUCAGAUAGUUUCGCGCUACAUCAUCAUCAAAUCAAGAGAGUCAAGGUCAGACUCACGAUCUCUUUCGCCCAAAGAAGCCUCGGCCCAGCGUCUGAACCUUGCGAAUACCGUACGACGAGGCAGCAGCAAGAAGCUUCGCGGAACUGGUGGAACAGCCCUGAUUCCGUUCUUGAAGCAAGCUCGCGAUGAAACGGGGGAGCCUGCGAUAGAUGCAUGGGCUCGACGGUUGCUCAACAACGGCCCGGGCGGUAUUGUCAUGCAGGAUGGCGUGGCCAUGCUAGGGAAGAUGAAUGAAAACUUUACUGGGGAGGUCGAGAUUGUGGGCUUAGCGGGGAGCUGGAGUGUGGACGAUAGUGAGGGUGGUAUAUGCCACUGGUGA